AUGACAUUCUACACACGCUGUUCAGAAAAUAAAUGUAGCCGUUGUAGCGCAGCGCUGGCACGUUUUUAAACUUACAUCGUCCUGCGUUUUGAGGAACUUUAGACAGCAAGUUGUGUCAAUUUUGGAUCAUUUUGGGGGUCAAAGCCAGACAGUGUAUUAGGAAGGGUACAUCAGUAGGAAUCUGCCAUCAUGUAUGCCACCGAGUCGGAAGGAGAUAAGAUGGAGGAGGGCUUUAAUGUGGGCGAUUUUGAAUUCACAGAAAAGACCAUAAGACUGGGAUUUAUCAGAAAGGUGUAUGGCAUCCUGAUGUGCCAGCUGCUUGUUACCAUAUCCAUCAUGAGCCUGUUUAUUUAUGUUGAGGCCGUGAAAGAAUAUUCAAGACAGAAUCCAUGGAUGUGGAUUUUGGCAUGUGUAAUGACAUUUGUUUCCCUGAUUGUUCUGGCAUGUUGCCCAGAUGUGCGACGGAAAUCUCCCACCAAUUUCAUCUUUUUGUCCAUAUUUACCCUCUGUGAAGCUUUCCUCCUUGGAUCAGUGGCAAGUUGCUAUGAUGCUGAUGAAGUGAUCAUUGCUGUAGGGAUAACAGCUAUUGUGGCUCUGGGGCUGACACUGUUUGCAUUCCAGACUAAGUGGGACUUCACAAUGUUUGGGGGAAUCCUCUUGGUAUUUUUGAUUGUGCUCAUCUGUUUUGGGAUAUUUGCUCUGAUAUUUCAGAACAAGGUUGUACGCAUUGUCUAUGCUGCUCUGGGGGCCCUCAUCUUCUCAUUUUACCUGGUUUUUGACACCCAGUUGAUGAUGGGAGGCCAGCACAAGUACUCUAUCCCUGAAGAGUACAUCUUCGCUGCCUUGAACCUCUACCUGGAUGUCAUCAAUUUGUUCCUCUUCAUCCUCAGUUUGGUGGGGGCCUCCAGAAACUGAGAUAGCAUAGCCCGCUCUCCAGUCCUGCCUGCUCUGUUAAUGUUACACUCACCGUUCAUCCUCAGUUUGGUGGGAGCCUCCAAAACCUGAGAUGGUAUAGCCUGCUCUCCAGUCCUGCCUGCUUUGUUAAUGUUACGCUCACUGUUCAUCCUCAGUUUGGUGGGAGCCUCCAAAAACUGAGAUGGUAUAGCCCGCUCUCCAGUCCUGCCUGCUCUGUUAAUGUUACACUCACCGUUCAUCCUCAGUUUGGUGGGAGCCUCCAAAACCUGAGAUGGUAUAGCCUGCUCUCCAGUCCUGCCUGCUCUGUUAAUGUUACACUCACCGUUCAUCCUCAGUUUGGUGGGGGCCUCCAGAAACUGAGAUAGCAUAGCCCGCUCUCCAGUCCUGCCUGCUCUGUUAAUGUUACACUCACCGUUCAUCCUCAGUUUGGUGGGAGCCUCCAAAAACUGAGAUGGUAUAGCCCGCUCUCCAGUCCUGUCUGCUCUGUUAAUGUUACACCCACUCUUCUUUCUCCAGUUUUAAACCAGGAACAUCAGAUUUAUGAGAAAGACUCUUGAGUGAACACAGUAGCACCAUGCAAAGCUUGUCCUCAUUUGACAUAAUAAUAAUAAUAAUAAUAUGUUAUUUACAUGAAGUGAUCGCUGAUAACACUUGUUGUAAAAAGAGACAAUACAGGAAAGCGUGAUAAUAGAUUGCCAGCUACUUGGUAGUAGUGAUAUGGAUUAUUGGUAGUUGAUAAUGGUGGAAUGAAUUGUGUGAAUUGUUGUGUAUCUGAUACAGCAAAGACUAUGGUUGUAUGUGAAAUACUUGUAAUAAAUGGAGAAAUAGUCUGCAAUAAUCACAUUUGUUCACUCAAGACAGACACUAGAUUAAGCACACUUGUGUGAGAGAGUUGGCUGUAAGCAUUGUAUGUGGGAAGGCCUCCAGCAACCUGAGAAUGGUCUGUUGUUUCCCUCAGCCUGGUUUCCUCCCACCAUGAUUUUGGCUGUCGUUAUAUAAGUGAAAUAAACUCUAAAUAAGGACUGUAAGUAAAAUCUGACAACUGUAAAGUAUAAACCAUGCAUAGUUGGUUUUCUGGGCAAUAUAUGAUUCUCUGUUUCUCUUUUGCCACAUUCUUGUGAUGUGAUUUAUUGUUUUAUAAAGAAGUAGUAAUCCUCUAAAACUGCAUCUUGAUUGAUUUUGACUCUUGAAGAAAUCACUCUAAACAUGCUUUUAAUUUUAAAGUUUACAUUUAUAAUGUAUGUUUAGAUGUCUUUGACCACAUCUGCAGCAAUAUUUUUGAGUGAGGACAAUAAUGUUAUGCAAGAUUUUGCAGUCAAAACUUUUUAAAAUUUAGAUGAAAAAAAGUAAUUAUUUAAUAAUGGUUAUGCAAGUAUAGUUUUUAAUUUUGUUGUUUUUUUGUUAGAAGGGAGUGCUGAUAUAACUGAAAAAGUCUUGUUUGUCACAUUCUAUCUUUUUAAGCACAAAGUGCACAUUCAUUGGGUUUUGGACUGGGACCAAAAGCUUCUGGUUGGCUGAAGUGUUUAUUUGUGAAAACUACCAGAAUCUGAUGUAAUGCCAAUCAUGUUGAAAUCCGUUUGUUCAUCCAUCUUGAAUGCUUUUGUUUUUUUGGUCUUAGAGCCCCUGAUGUGGCUGUGGAAUUUUGUAUGAAGUGUUUUAUUGAUUUAGGUGAUAUCUAUUAGUGGUUCAGACUGUGGCCCAGGAUCACGAAGCGAUUUUAGAAAAAUAUUGCUUGACUGCUUAAAAUUCUGGGUAAGUUAUAGAUGUACCGGUACAUCAGAUUUCAUCUAUAGGUUAGUUCCCAGUCACAUCAGCAUUUUCAAACCUAAAUGUUCGGGAAUGUAGGAGAUACAAUUGUUUUGUCUGGUAAUUUAAAAAUAUGAUGAUUCAACAAAAGUUAUUAAAAAUAAGUGCAGGAAAAUUCGUGUAAUAGAUGAAUGUUUGUGUUUAAGUAAAUUAUUUGUUAAGUUCUUACACUAGCUUUCGUGGUUUUAGAUUUUAAUCCGUGGUAGAAGUUAAGCCAUGAAUGCAGACACGGAUACCUGUCACUGUUAAUGUAUUUAUUACUGCCUCAUAUCUGUGGUGUGAUAACGGUUUAAAAGUGUUACGUGGGAAGGUUUAAAUUUUCAAGUUCAUUAUUUGUAUCACAGUCUCAUUUGUAGUGUUAUGUGUCAAGUGUUAAAGAUUAACAGAAAUGACUUCUGAGCAGAUGAUGUUCUCCUGUACAUAAAUGAUUUUGU